GCAUUUGGACUAAUCUUGGACAACAUAUCCACCGUGGGUUUGUUAGCGCGUAAUUACACACACACGCGCUCACAAAUUAAUUAUUCAAGUUGUUUAUCAUCAUUAUUACUUGACUUUAUUGUGGCUGCAACUGAAAACACUGUGAAAGAAAAAGAGGGAAGAAAGAAGAGACAGAGUUGGAAGUUGGGUUUUGUGGUUGUUGUAUGACAUGGCAACCCUUCCCUCCAUCUUCUCCAUCUCCUCCUCUUCUCUUCCUCUCCAUCGCUUCCGUCCUUCAAUUUCCCUCUCUUUCUCUCCUCUCACCCUCCGCUCAAACCCUACAAAAUCUCAAUCUCGUUCCCCCUUUCUCGUUCUCGCUUCUUCAACUCACCACUCCUUCGACGACUUCACCUCCAAGAAAUCGGCUCUUUCGGAGUUGAUACAAGAAAUUGAACCUUUAGAUGUGAGUUACAUUCAGAAAGAUGUUCCACCAACUACAGCAGAUGCUAUGAAAAGGACUAUUUCUGGUAUGCUUGGUUUGCUUCCAUCUGAUCAAUUUACUGUCAUUGUUGAGGCCUUGUGGGAACCACUUUCCAAGUUACUCAUUUCUUCAAUCAUGACUGGGUAUACAUUGCGAAAUGCAGAAUAUAGGCUUUGUCUGGAGAAAACUCUUGACAUUUGUGAAAGAGAUCUUGAGAAGCCGAAGGCAGAAACUGCUAAGUUUGACUUACAAGACUUCCUACGUGACAGUGUAAAUGUUAUUGACUUUGGUAGAAAGAAUAAUUUGUCUCCCAAAGUUGAAAAGUCCCACGACCACAUCGAUAUUGAAGACCUUGGUCAAAUAUCCGCCGAAGCUCAAGAAUAUAUCUCCAAUCUGCAAUCUCGCUUGUCUUCCAUGAAAAAGGAGCUACGUGAAGUGAAGAGGAAAAGUGCCGCUCUUCAAAUGCAACAGUUUGUUGGAGAAGAAAAGAAUGAUUUGCUGGAUUACUUGAGAUCGCUUCAGCCAGAACAGGUAGCUCAGCUAUCAGAAUUUACAUCCCCCGAGCUUAAGGACAUCAUCCUAUCUGUCGUCCACGGUCUCCUUGCUACCCUUUCUCCUAAGAUGCAUUCUAAACCCUCAACUACAUCAGAGAAUGCAACAGUUGGAACAGCAAAUGCUGGUAAUGAGGACUGUGCUGAGGUUGUUGAGAAUUCUUCACUUCAAUUUCAGCCUUUUAUUUCAUUAACUCGGGAUUAUCUUGCCCGCCUGCUAUUUUGGUGCAUGCUGCUGGGACACUAUCUUAGAGGCCUUGAGUACCGAAUGGAAUUGAUGGAACUGCUAUCCUUGUCAAGUGACACUGAGAAUGGCGCUUCUGGGAACGAACAAAUUGCUUGAGUGCUUUUCAAAUUUUGAUAGUUCAAUUUGUGCAGAGGUGUGGUUUCAACAUAAUAUUUCCUUUCAACGCGAAGACAUUGUGAUACACACCAAGUUUAGUCACUUUUGCUGAGGUGAUAUCAUUUCUUGCAGCAGAAAAAACCUUGCUUUCCUGGGAAGAUAACAAUUCUCAUUCUCAUCUAAUGUCAAAUCAUCACAAGAAUUUAAGGCGAUUGGCAUUGUUGUUGCUGGGAGAUUGAUUAUAUUAUAGUUCACAGAAUAUGAAAUUGUGACGAAUUAUGCAGCCUGUGAUGCAAAAUGAAGUUUUUUUUUUUUAAGCAACGGAUGUAAAAUUAAGUUUUUUUUUUUUUUAAGCAGCAGAUGUAAGAUGAAGUUGAUUAUUUAUCAGUUUAUAUUUUGAAUAAAACAGUUUACUUAGAUGUA